AUCUAUCAAAACCAAUCCAAAACGACUCUUUCACUUCAAGACUCCACUCUCCGUCGGUAAUGGGGAUUCGUUUGCCAUCUAUCGUCUUUCAUGCCAAGCAAGUCCUCAGAUCGCAGCCGCUCGACACUCGGAAUACACGACCGGAUGUCCCUAAAGGCCACGUGGCGGUUUACGUUGGGGAGGUCCAAAGGAAGCGGUUUCUGGUCCCGAUCUCGUUCUUGAACCACCCUUCGUUCCGAGAGUUGCUGCGCCGAGCUGAGGAAGAGUACGGCUUCAAGCAUCCGAUGGGUGGCCUCACGAUUCCAUGCAGAGAAGAGGCCUUCAUUGAUCUCACCAGUCGGUUGCAUGGAUUGUGACAGUUUUACUAUAUACAUCUUGUCGUGGAAAGACUAGAUUCCCAGUUUUGACAUCUUUUCUUAGGUUUGAUCCCCUUCGUUUUUCUCGUCUCAUGUACAAAUCGAGGUCAUGUAGAGCAUACCACAAGAAUAAAUUAUUAUUGUUCAAGCUGUAUCUCCGAAACUUCAUUGUCAAAUGACAUUUUUACCUGUUGAAGCCAUC